CAGGAAGGAGGAGUGAUGCAGCAGACCAGGUUCAGGGAAAGUUUACCUGAGCAGCACAAUGGGGCCGUUUCCACAAUGGGUUUUGUUAAACUCAGUCAGGAUGGAUGAGACCGUGUUUGUGAUCCUCCUGCUUACAGGUUUCUGCGUCGCGUCCUCUUCCUUUCCAAACGUCUUCUACUUUGUCAAAGAGGGUAAAACUUGGUAUGAUGCCCAAAAUUACUGCAUCUUGAAACACACCGAAUUAGCCCAAAUACACAACCAGGAAAACCUGACCACGAUGAUGAACGCUCCAACCGGGAAUUACACAGGAAAGGCCUGGAUAGGACUGUAUGAGAACACUUCAGAGUGGACCUGGGUGGACGGACAACCCGCCACAUAUUUCAGCUGGGAAGCUGGUCGGCCAGACAGUGGUAGUGCUGAUGAGCUUUGUGUGCUCAUGAUUAAGAGUGGAUCCUGGAACAACGCCAGCUGUUCAGAAGCAAAACCCUCUGUUUGUUUUGAUGGUCACAGUUACUACCUUGUUGAGACUGAAAUGACUUGGAACGACGCCAGAAGCAACUGUGAAAUGGAAAAUUCAACUCUGGCCAAAAUCUCUGAUGAAGGGACAAAUUCUAAAGUCCGGACAACACUGUCCACAUAUACAGUGGCGUGGAUUGGCCUUUCCAAAACCAGCCUUUGGUUCUGGUCAGAAACCAGAGAAAACUACACAUUCACAAACUGGCAACAUGGACAACCUGACAACUUGAAUGGAGAAGAAUGGUGUGCAGCUGUAGAGGUGAAAAAUGGAACCUGGACUGAUGAGCAGUGCAACGUGACCCUCCCCUUCUUCUGCUACGGAAUUCCCAAAACAUGGACAAUGUUGGUGAAAAUGAAGAUCCAGUCAAGAGCAAACAUGGAAGAUCCGACCUGCAGCGCUGGCCUGCAGCAGCAGUUGCAUGCAGCAUUUGCUAAUCAGGACAUGACUGAUUUCAAACUGACCUGGACGAAGACGCCAGUGAAGCGGAGACAGAAGAGCAGUGACAACUUAAAAUCAGAAAUGGAUUGUUAUGUGACUCUGAUUCUCCUCCUCUUUGGAUGCAGUCUAAACUGCUGCUCUCAGUUUCCGCCGCGUAAGUACUACUACAUUAACCAGAGCUUGAACUGGACCGAUGCUCAGCAUUACUGCAGAGAGAAAUACACUGACCUGGCGACCAUAGAAAACAUGGAUGACAUAAGCAUGCUAAAACCAACUUUUUCCUUCUCAUGGGGAUGGAUUGGACUGAGGGACGACCCAAAAUCCUGGAAGAAGGUCAUGAACCAUGAUGCCAACUCCUGGAGAUGGUCAGCGACAGGUGAAACGAGUAAAACUGGUUAUCAGGCCUGGCAAACAGCUGAACCUGACAAUGCAGUUGGAGAUGAAGACUGUGUGAUAAUGGCCUAUGAUGGGACGUGGCAUGACAUAUCUUGUGGAAGCGAGAGCAGUUUUGUUUGUUACACUGAGUCAAACCAAAGCCAGAAAAUCUAUACAUAUGUCUCAACCAUAGCAUCGUGGAAGUAUGCUCAAGAUUACUGCAGAGAGCAUCAUACAGACUUGGCUAUGAUUGAGAACAUGGCAGAGAACACUGAGGUCUUUAAUGUAAAACCAAGCGAUAGUAGAGUUUCGAUUGGUCUGUACCGGACUUCAUGGACAUGGUCUGACAAGUCUAACAGCACCUUUAGAAACUGGAUAAGUAAUGGCCUAAAUAACUACGCUGGAUCCCAGCACUGUGCGACUGAGAACAAUCUACAUGAAUGGGGUGACGAAAGCUGUUCUGCCAAGCGCUCCUUUGUCUGCCAUAAAGCAUCAAAACUGAAGACCGUGGUGAGGAUGAAGACUGAGACUGAUGCUGACAUGACCGAUCCAGCUAUUCACGCCCAGGUCCUCCAGAAGCUGGGUGCACUGCUAACAGCUCAGGGAUGGACUGACUUCACACUGCAGUGGAAGAUUCUGCCCAGAAAACAGGACAAAAACUGACAGAAGGAACUUG